UCUCCUCAAUUUCAAGAAGGGAUGGAUGUCAAUUCUGGAUGAAGCAGGAGAGUGGAAGAAACAUUGGUUUGUGCUGACUGACUCGAGCCUGAGGUAUUACCGGGACUCAAACGCAGAGGAGGCUGAUGACCUUGAUGGAGAAAUCGACCUCCGCUCGUGCACAGAUGUGACGGAGUUUGCAGUGCAGCGUAACUAUGGCUUCCAGAUACACACAAGGGAUGCUGUCUUCACCCUGUCAGCGAUGACCUCGGGCAUCCGGCGCAACUGGAUUGAAGCCCUGAGGAAGAAUGUGCGCCCAGUCAGUGCUCCAGAUGUAACCAAGCUCUCUGACUGUGAUAAGGAGAACUUCCGUAACUCUGUCCCCCAGAAGGGCUCGCUCCGGACGGAGGAGCAGCAGCGGCUGGGCUCAGGCUCUGAGGGGAACUCAAAGGGCAGUCACUGGAAGGCCGAUGGGCAGCGCCAUGCCUUUGACUACGUGGAGCUGUCUCCCUUGCCACAGGACCCUGGGAGCCAGGGGUCCCCGCAGAAGACAAGAGGGAGCUUAAGGAUCUCUGACCGAAGUCCCAAACAUGAGGAGCUGGAGCGGGACCUGGCCAUCCGUUCAGAGGAGAGGAGGAAAUGGUUUGAGGCCCCUGAUGGCAGAGUCCCAAACAGCGAUGGCCCAGAGGGAGACCCUUCCCGCAGGGCUGGCGAGCAGGAUCUCCCUGCUCCCCCACUUUCAGAGGACCAGCGGCUUCAGCUGAAUGAGGAGAUAGAGAAGAAGUGGCUGGAGCUGGAACGCCUGCCCUUGAAGGACUCACGGCGAAUGCCUUUGACAGCACUACUGAAUCAGAGCAAGGGGGGCCAUGGAGACGCCAGUGAGGCACUGAAAAAGGAGGUCCAGUCACUGCGGGCACAGCUGGAGUCCUGCCGGGCCCGAAAUGAGAGCCUUCGGGAGGCAGCAAAAUCCCAGGGGGAGAGCCAAGUGCCACGGGGGUACAUCUCACAGGAGGCCUGUGAGCGCAGCCUGGCUGAGAUGGAGUCAUCCCACCAGCAAGUGAUGGAGGAGCUCCAGAGGCACCACCAGCGGGAACUGGAGCGGCUGCGGCAGGAGAAGGAAAGGCUCCUGGCAGAAGAGGCUGCAGCAACAGCAGCAGCCAUCGAGGCACUGAAGAAAGCCCAUCGGGAGGAGAUGAAUAAGGAGCUGGGCAGGACACGAAGCAUCCAGCAAUGCAGCUCGGUCUCAGAUGCCCUCCAGAAGCAGCACCAGUUGGACAUGGAUUCUCUGAAGCGGGAGCUGCAGGUGCUUUCUGAACGGUAUUCCCAAAAGUGCCUGGAAAUUGGGGAGCUCACCCAGAAAGCAGAGGAGCGGGAGCAGACACUGCAGCACUAUCAGCAGGAGGGGAAGGAGCUGCUCCGCAAAAACCAGGAGCUGCAGACCCGCCUCUCAGAUGAAAUUGGGAAGCUGCGGAGCUUUAUUUCGUCGCGAGGCUCUCUGCACAACAACGAACGGAGCUCCUGCGAACUGGAGGUACUUCUGCGAGUGAAGGAGAACGAGCUUCAGUACGUAAAGAAAGAGGUGCAGUGCCUCCGGGAGGAGCUGCAGAUGAUGCAAAAGGAUAAGAGAUUUGCCUCAGGGAAAUACCAAGAUGUCUAUGCAGAGCUUAACCACAUCAAGGUGCGCUCAGAGCGAGAGAUCGAGCAGCUGAAGGAGCAUCUGCGCCUCGCCAUGGCAGCUCUGCAGGAGAAGGAGUCACUGUGCAACAGCAUCAGCAAGUAACGGUCUGCCCUUUGUUUGUUUAUCUGUUCUCGUUUCGUAUUUGCUCCAUUACUCACUUGUGGGGAGAGGGAGGUUGAAUCCCAUCCAUUAUUGCCUUGGCAAGGAAUCCCACACACCCCCCAACCUCCUUGCUCCCCUCCCAAAGCUUUUUUGAUGAACCCCUUUCGCCUGCAUACCUGAGCACAUUGUUUGCACCUUCUUCAGGAUUUUAUAU